AGAGAGAGAGAGAGAGAGUGUGACAGAGAGAGAGAGAGAGAGAGAGUGUGUGACAGAGAGAGAGAGAGAGAGAGAGAGUGUGUGGGCGGUUCAGUGUGGAGCAGCAGCUGAAGCGACGUCUCCACAGUUCGACUGGUUUCUGCUCUGAGCUCCACAAGAUGCGACGUGUGUUGUCCGUGACGCUGCUGCUGCUCGUGGUCGUCGUGACGAUCGGCGAUGCCAGCAGAAGAAUCAAGAACCACCGAGGUGGUAAACAUGAGAAACUCAGGCCGGCGUCCGACUGCUCGGCCGCUGACACUCGCUACGGGAAGUGUGAGCCGGAGCUCGGCGACUGCGGAGAAGGUCUGAGAGACGCCACGUGUAACGAUCAGACCGACAAGAUUCCCUGCAAGAUUCCCUGCAACUGGAAGAAGGACAUCAUUGACUGUAAGUACAAGUUCGGACCUUGGGGAACCUGCGACGCCGCCACCAACACCAAGAGUCGCUCCGGCAGCCUGAAGAGGGCGCUGUUCAACGCCGAGUGUCAGAGCUCCGUCACCGUGUCCAAACCUUGUUCCCCCAAACCCAAGAAGAGUCGAGGAUGAAGAAGUUCAACUGACGACCAGAGUCAUCGUCUUCAUCACACAGAGAGAGACUUCUCCUCCUCGUCCUCCUCCUCUCUCUUCCUCCUCCUCCUCUCUCUUCCUCCUCCUCUCUCUUCCUCCUCCUCUCUCUUCCUCCUCCUCCUCUCUCUUCCUCCUCUCUCC